AUGCGAUCUCAGCACCUUCUCAACCGCUGGAUUGGUGUUCGUGGAGCUGUAUCUUGGCAAGUCAGGUACGAGAGCAAAAGACGUCGGUCACUUGAAAGGCCUUGCAUCACCAUUUCCUUGUGCUUGCCAUUGCAGAUCUCCCAUUGUCCUGCUGUGCGUCGGCGCGAUGACGACUCCGGUGCGGCUGAAUGUGGGCGGGACUGAGUUCCAGGUGGCGAAAUCGACACUCGCACGGCACCCACAGACGCUGCUGGGGCAGUUCGUGACCAACGAGUCGACUGCCGAGUAUCAGCUCAUCCAGCAGGGCCAGCCGGUCUUCAUCGACGCCGACCCUUCGCUCUUCCCCUAUGUGCUGCGGUUCUACCGCCACGGCACGCCCAUCCUUGUGGACAAGUCAGUGGACGCCCGGCAGCUGCAGCAGGAGCUGGGAUUCUUCGGCAUCUCGCUGGCCAUGCUACACCUGCAGCUGCCCCCCGAGCCGGAGAAGCCUCCUGAGCCGGUCAAGAAGCCUCACAAGCUGGACGUCUAUCAGCGGCUGGCCAAGGUGCUGAAAGCAUGCAGAGUCCCUUGCCUUGUGUGCGAAUGGGGUGUGCAAAUGGGGUGUGUGUGUGUGGUGGCAUUGUGAAGGUAUUCGCGCAGAUGCUGCUGCGGCGCGAUUUCGACGAGAUAUUCCCUGACCACCCUCCCUAUGAAGAGACGUGCUACAGUACUGUGCUUGGUGAGGCCAUUGCCGAGGUGGACGAUGCCAAGGAGUAUCGGCAGCAGCUAGAUGAUGACGUCCGCUACCCCGAGCGUCAGCUGCUUUUGGUCAUGGUUGAGGAGGAGCUCAGGAAGAUGAUCCCGACGCGACACGUGGAGCUCAAGGCAUGGUGGCAGGACAUGCCCGGUGAAGUCGAGCUCAGGGUAAAAGUAGAGAGGCCCUGACUGACCGAGAUGACCUGCCUCUUUUUUCUGUACCGCCACUCGCUGAAUCUGAUGUCUGUGAAGGGCAGUCAGUGGUGCGUUUCACCUG